AUGCUACGGAAUGCUUGGAAGCCCAUAGCUGCUACAGGCGUAGUGGGCGCAUCGGGAUACGCCUUUUACAGAUACUAUUACACCAGGAACCAGACUUUCGAGUUGCCCGUCAAAUCUAAAGGCGAAGACGGCAAAGUCGUGAUGACAAACAAGACUCUGCGCUUGCUGCCCAUGUCGGAGGUCGACGCACGCGUGCGAGAACAUGCAUCCGAGGAAGCGAGGCCAAGACCCGGCGGGAUUGUCUGGAAGCACACGACGGCGACACUGGCAUCGAAUGACCCCAUAGAAGACGCUAAUGCGUCGCAAGUUAUUGCUAGAGAUCAAGAGGAUCCAUCUGGACCCGGAGACUGGCUUUUCUAUACUGUUAUGGAUGGCCAUGGAGGAUAUGAAACCUCAAAACUGCUUUCGCGCGUUUUGAUUAACGCUGUCGCGCUGGAGCUUUCGUCGCUCAUUCCAAAACAAAAGAAUUCUGCUCAAUCUAGUUAUCUAAGAAGUAUGUGGUCAACAUCAUCUCCAACGACCCCGGCCGUUUCGUCGGACUCGAACCCAAGCGUGGUUUCAGAGGCAAUUCAGAAUGCCUUCAAGAAACUGGACAAUGAACUUAUCAAUGCACCGUUAAGAGUGCUGGCCAACAAUAUGGACGGUCAAUCAUUCAAGGACAAGAAGAUACCAGAUCUCAGUCAGCACCCCAUGGCUUUGCAGACGAUGCUUCCCGCUAUCUCUGGCAGCUGUGCCUUAAUGGCUCUCUUCGAUACGGCUCACCGCAAUCUUUACGUCGCGUGCACAGGUGAUAGCAGAGCAGUCGCUGGUGUAUGGGAGCCAACAGACGAUGGCAAGGGAACGUGGCGAAUCGAAGUACUGAGCGAAGACCAGACCGGAAGAAACCCCUCCGAGAUCCAAAGAGUUCAAGCGGAGCACCCCGGAGAACAAGUUGUGCGUGAGGGUCGGAUCCUCGGUGGACUUGAGCCCUCCCGAGCGUUUGGCGACGCUCGCUACAAAUGGCCUCGAGAAGUUCAAGAAGUCCUAAGCGAGGCUUUUCUUGCUGGUAACGGCCGCUCAAUGCGGCCGCCCCCCUCCUCUUUCAAAACCCCACCUUAUGUUACCGCACAACCUGUUGUGAAGCAUCACAAACUCUCGUUGCCGCCCCUGGAUCAGUCUUCCUCACCUUCUACUUCCCCCGCUUUGCGUUUCCUGGUUCUCGCCACGGACGGGCUGUGGGACCAAUUAUCCAAUGACGACGUCGUCAAGCUCGUUGGCGGGCAUCUAGCUGGCGUCAAAGGCAGAGUCUCGAAAUCGGAGCUAUCAUCUAGAGUACCGACUUCCACCGGCUCCCUGGGCGUCGAGGGAAAGAACAAGAAGAACAAAGAUGGCGAAGGUUCAUGGGCGUUCGUUGACGAUAACCUCAGCACGCAUCUGAUUCGUAACGCAUUUGGAGGGGGUGAUGAAGGCAAAUUACGUUGGCUUCUAAGUAUACCUGCCCCUUACUCAAGACGCUACCGUGACGAUAUAACUGUAACUGUCGUUUGGUGGGAAGACGGCCGCGAGCAGAACGCACAAACUGCUUCUUUCACUGCCGACAAGCCUAAGGCCAAACUAUAG